CUCUCCUCCAAUGGCUCGUUGAAUCGCGAUUGAGGCGUUUAAAGUACCAUAAAAAAUAAGAAAAAAGAAAAAAGAAGGAGAGAGAGAGAGAGAAGAAGAAGAAGAAGAAGAAGAAGAAGAAGGAAGAGGAAGAGGAAGGGGGAUUGAAACCCUAGGGGGAAUUGAGGACGGCUGCCAUGGCGACGCCACAGGCGGGUGACGGGGUCCUCGCCCUGAUGCCGCAGGAGGUGGCGAACUCGGUCGAACCGGCGCCUUCGUCGCCACCGCCGGCGGCGGCGGCGGCGGCGUUACUCAAGGGUUCGGCGGAGAAGUCCCCGAUCCUGAUCUUCCUCUACUUCCAGAAGGCCAUCCGGUCGGAGCUCGACCGCCUCCACCACGACGCCGUCGAGCUCGCCACGGACGGCAGCGGCGACGUCCGCUCCCUUGCGGAGCGCUGCAUCUUCCUAUUCGACAUCUACCAGCACCACUGCAACGCCGAAGACGCGGUUAUCUUUCCAGCUCUUGAUACACGCGUCAAGAAUGUGGCUAGAACGUAUUCUCUAGAGCAUGAAGGGGAAAGCCAUCUUUUCUAUUUUGUGUUUGUUUUAUUAAAGUCACAUAUGACACAUGAUGAUCGUCUUCGGAGAGAACUAGCUCUUCGUAUUGGAGCAAUAAAAGCAUUAUUUAGCCAGCAGAUGCCUAAGGAGGAAAAGCAGGUAUUUGUUUCGGAGGAUCAUUUCCGAAGAGAACUAGCCUCCCGCACUGGAGUCAUAAGAACGGCACUUGUCCAGCAUAUGUGUAAGGAAGAAGAGCAGGUCUUUCCCUUGCUUAUAGAGAAGUAUUUAUUUGAAGAGCAGGCUGAUCUGGUUUGGGAGUUCUUAUGUAGCAUCCCUGUGGAUAUGAUGACAAAGUUCCUUCCUUGGCUUUCAUCUUCUGUUUCACCUGAGGAACACCAAGAUAUGAUCAACUGUUUGAGGAAGAUAGUACCAAACGAAAAACUUCUUAAACAGGUCAUAUUUACUUGGAUUGAAGACAAAAGCAUGGCUGACAUGGGAAAAAGUCAUGUUGAUGAUUCUCUAUCACAGAGUUCUAUUGAUGACACUGAGAAGUAUGCCUGUCUUUCUGAUCUUUCCAGGACUGGGAAGAGAAAACAUGACGAACCAGACAGCAAAGCUAUUGAUCUUGGGUUGUACCCGAUAGAUGAAAUAUUGCAUUGGCAUAAUGCUAUUAGAAAAGAAUUAAAUGAAAUAGCAGAAUGUGCAAGGAAAAUACAGCUUUCUGGAGAUUUAUCUGAUUUGUCUGUCUUCAACACAAGGCUUCAAUUUAUUGCUGAUGUGUGCAUCUUUCAUAGUUAUGCUGAAGACCAAGUAAUAUUUCCAGCAGUAUCAGAUGGAAUGGAAUUCCUUUUGCUGGACCAUGCAAAUGAAAAAAUUCAGUUUAACAAGUUUAGGUGCUUAAUUGAAGAAAUCCAGAGUGCAGAGGCCAAUUCUACUUCUGUAGAAUUCUAUUCUGAGUUUUGUUCGCAUGCUGAUCAAAUAAUGGAUACUAUUCAGAAGCAUUUCCAUAGUGAGGAAGCUGAGGUUCUUCCUCUUGCCAGGAUGCAUUUUUCUUCUGAGAAACAGUGUAAGCUUCUUUUCAGAAGUCUGUGUGUUAUGCCCUUGAAACUGUUAGAGCGUGUUUUACCAUGGUUUGUUGCAAACUUAAGUGAUAAGGAGGCAAGUCAGUUUCUCCAGAAUAUGCAUCUAGCUGCCUCAUCAUCUGAAGAUGCACUGGUCACCCUUUUUUCCGGUUGGGCGUGCAAGGGUAGGAGCGAGGAUAUUACCAGAUCUGGCAAGUUCAUAUGCUUGACUUCAAAAGCAAUCUGUUGCUUCCCUUUAGAAGACGGUACUGAGUCGGAAGAAGAUUGCAGACAUAAUUUCUGUUCAUGUUCUUGUCUACUUGGGUGUGAGAAAGGCUUGACAAUUCUGAAAUCUGAGAACAAUGCUAGGCCUAUUAAACGAGGCAACUUUUCAGGAUUAUAUGGAAAUUCUGGUGAAAUCAACACUUCAGAAAGUAAUGAAAUCUACAGUGUGUCAUGUAGCCAAAAGUCAUGCUGUGUACCAGCGCUGGGAGUUGCUAGCGCCAACACUGGAAUAAGUUCACCUGAUGUUUCAAAGUCUCUGCUUUUUUCAUCUUACAAUUCUUCUGCCCCUUACUUUAAGUCCAGUCUCUUUGUUCCAGAGAUGGAAUUGAAUUUAUGUAGUAUAGAGAACACUUUGAGGCCAAUUGACAACAUAUUUAAAUUUCAUAAGGCGAUUAGCAAAGAUGUGAAGUAUUUGGAUGAUGAAUCCGGAAACCUUAUACCUUAUGUUGAUACUGUUCUUCGGCAGUUCAGUGGAAGAUUUCGCUUGUUAUGGGGUCUAUACAGAGCUCAUAGUAAUGCUGAGGAUGAUAUUGUUUUCCCAGCUUUAGAAUCAAGAGAAACACUUCAUAAUGUGAGUCAUUCAUACACCCUUGACCACAAGCAGGAAGAAAAGCUAUUUAGAGAUAUUUCUGUGGUGCUUUUAGAGCUCUCACAACUGCAUGAUGGCUUGGGAAUGAACAUCAGUAAAGAUACUGCAAGGGGAAGCAAUUCUGAUUCUCAUGUAGUUGAUCAGACUAGAAAACAUAAUGAGCUUGUCACUAAGCUUCAAGGAAUGUGCAAAUCUCUACGAGUUACUCUUGAUAAUCAUAUCUUCAGAGAAGAGCUUGAAUUAUGGCCAUUAUUUGACAAGCAUUUUUCAGUGGAUGAGCAAGAUAAGAUUGUUGGACGAAUAAUAGGAACAACAGGUGCAGAGGUCCUCCAAUCGAUGCUACCAUGGGUAACUUCUGCUCUUAGUCAAGAGGAACAGAAUAAGAUGAUGGAUACAUGGAGACAGGCAACCAAAAACACCAUGUUUAAUGAGUGGCUAAAUGAGUGGUGGAAGGAUACUCCCUCAUUGUCUACAGAUGCAACAGAGAGUUCUGGUCUUCCAAAAGAGGCUGAUCACCAAGAAAGUCUCGAGCAAAGUGACCAGAUGUUCAAGCCUGGUUGGAAUAAUAUAUUUAGGAUGAAUCAGAAUGAGCUUGAAUCAGAGAUAAGGAAGGUUUCACGAGAUCCAACAAUUGAUCCACGAAGAAAGGCAUAUCUUAUACAAAACUUAAUGACAAGUCGCUGGAUAGCUGCUCAGCAGAAAUUACCUCAGGCUAGAACUGAGGAAGCUACAGAAGGAGAAGACAUACCUGGAUGCUCUCCAUCCUUUCGAGAUCCGGAGAAACAAAUAUUUGGCUGUGAGCAUUACAGGAGGAACUGCAAACUUGUUGCUGCAUGUUGUAACAAAUUGUUCACAUGCAGAUUUUGCCAUGACAAAGUCAGUGAUCAUUCAAUGGACAGAAAAGCAACAAGUGAAAUGAUGUGUAUGCGUUGUUUGAAGGUUCAACCAGUUGGUCCAACUUGCAGGACACCUUCCUGUGCUGGAUUCUCGAUGGCGAAGUAUUAUUGCAAUAUCUGCAAGUUUUUUGAUGAUGAAAGAAAUGUGUACCACUGCCCAUUUUGCAACUUAUGUCGUGUUGGAAAAGGACUUGGCAUAGACUUCUUUCAUUGCAUGACAUGCAAUUGUUGCUUGGGUAUGAAAUUGAAGGAGCACAAGUGCCGGGAGAAAGGUCUAGAGACAAACUGUCCGAUUUGUUGUGAUUUUCUGUUUACAUCAAGUGCAGCAGUAAGAGCUCUGCGCUGUGGACAUUUCAUGCAUUCUGCAUGCUUCCAAGCGUACACUUGCAGUCAUUACACCUGCCCAAUUUGCAGCAAAUCCUUGGGAGACAUGGCCGUGUACUUUGGCAUGAUUGAUGCCUUGUUGGCUGCUGAAGAGCUUCCUGAAGAGUAUCGGGAUCGAUGUCAGGACAUACUAUGUAACGACUGUGGCAAAAAGGGAACAUCUCGCUUUCACUGGCUUUACCACAAAUGUGGUUUUUGUGGUUCUUACAAUACCAGGGUGAUCAAGACCGACACAACCAGUUGCUUCACUUGAGAUUAGCGCAGGAAUCCCCUUGUUUUUGUUCAAUAUAUUUUUUUUCUUCAUCUGUGUAAAUAUACAGUUAGGAGCAACUUCUACAUCUGUGCUGUAGCACUCAUAGUCCAUAGCCUAUCCCAUUUUUUCACAAAUGCAGCAAGGGGCAAUUAUUUGUAUUUGAAAAUACUUGUUUUGCCUACUCUGGUCUUUAGUCUUUGUACUAGUGAGGCCUCUCAUUUCUUUUUGAUCCUCUUAAAAUGGAAGAUGAUGGAUGUACCUCAUUCCACAGUGGAAAUUUUGAUCAACAGGAGAGUUCAAAUAUCAA